UCUUUGAUAAGAGAGCAGGACAUCGUACUUACGUAGAUAAUCUAGAUGAUUUCAAUGCUUCUUCUCAUAUUUCCUCUUAAUCAAUAGCUCUAUGAUGCGUGAAAAAGGGGAGCUUCUACCGCAGUCAAUUACCGCGGCCUCGCGUCCUCAUUCGAGAUCGAUUUGGGUGACGUUAGUUCAAGUCGUGGCCGCCUUGGUACUGCUAAGGAACACUUAUGAUGUAUUCUUUUCUUCACGCACGAGGCAUUCCACGUUGGAUGAGUUAGCACAUUGUCCGCAGGUCGAGCCUCUUUUCCCGCGACAUGAUAGUCCUGCGCUCUCUAAGUUGGAGGAUUACAUCACCUCGCCCAUCUUUCUUAACGAAACGGUAGUUCGCCUGGCCGGGGCAAUCAAGAUUCCCACGCAGUCGUAUGAUGACCUUGGACCCGUUGGAGAAGAUGGGCGAUGGGAAGUCUUGUUUGAUUUCGCUGCGUAUCUAGAAAAAACAUUUCCACUCAUUCAUAAGACCUUGACACUUCAAAAGGUUAACACUCAUGGGCUAUUAUACACUUGGCAGGGAUCGGAUGAGACCUUGAAACCGACCGUCUUCAUGGCCCAUCAAGAUGUCGUCCCCGUAGCUGAGUCGACUAUUGACCAAUGGACCCAUCCUCCCUUUAGCGGCUAUUUCGAUGGCCAUUUUAUCUGGGGUCGGGGGUCUUCCGACUGUAAGAAUAACCUCAUCGGUAUUAUGGAGGCUGUCGAAUUGCUCAUAGAUGCUGGCUUCAAGCCAAAGAGAACUUUAAUCCUAUCGUUCGGGUUUGACGAAGAGAUUUCAGGGGGACAAGGAGCUGCGCAUCUCGCCAAAGCAUUGGUUUCCCAUUAUGGAGAAGAUGGUGCUGCAGUCAUUGUGGACGAGGGGGCUGGAACAUCAACUGUUUGGGGUUCUGCAUUUGCCCUUCCUGGCGUUGCCGAAAAGGGUGCCAUAGAUGUUGAAAUUAUCAUUCGUAUGCCCGGUGGCCACUCAUCAAUUCCUCCUGCGCAUAACGGAAUAGGAGUCAUGGCAGAACUUAUCACUAUCAUUGAAGCUAACCCAUACGAGCCACAUUUACACCCUGAUAACCCUUUCCUUAGCCUCCUGCAAUGCGGUGCCGUUCAUGGUGCAGAAUUCCCUUCCAAGCUACAGAAGCUUCUUCCAUCUCAUGACUGGCGAACUAAGAAAGAUAAGCUUGCUUUAGAGGCAGCGAAGGCGGGCGAUAUUGUUAAGUAUCUGUUCACAACAUCGGUAGCGCCCGAUAUCAUCAGCGGAGGCGUCAAGAGCAAUGCACUCCCCGAACGUAUUCGAGUACUUGUCGACCACCGAGUCAAUGUUGGCGAGCAUUCAUCUGAUGUACAAAAGAAGCUAAUAAGGUUAGCCGAACAAGUUGCUGAUAAGCAUAAUCUCACGGUUCACGCCUUCAACGAUGAGCCAGAAACGCCUCGAUCUAUUACUCUCAACUUAAUGGCAAACACACUAGAACCUGCACCGGUAACGCCAACGUCUGUUGAUGGGGUGACGCCAUAUUCGGUGCUCUCUGGAACUAGCAGAGCUCUUUACGGCGAGAACCUUCUUGUUUCGCCAGGAAUUAUGACAGGAAAUACUGACACGAGAUAUUACUGGGACUUAACAAAGCAUAUCUUUCGGUAUGGUCCUGGCUGGGAUCCCGAGCAAGAAGGGCUCGAUGGAGUGCACACGGUUGACGAGAAGCUUAGUAUCUUUGCGCAUAUUAAAGGUGUUCAAUGGUACAGCCUUUUUAUUAGAAAUAUGGACGAAGCGGAAUUAGCGUAAAUCAAAUCAACAUACAUUAUAAGAUCAGGUACAUACCCUUCUAGUGUAAUAAAUAUGUCGACCUCCGAAAUAGCUUGGUAGUAUCAGGUUUUCACAUAUUAAAAUACGUUGGAACUUUCAUACGGAAUGUUUCAAUUAUGAAGUGGUGUCAAAUUCAGCCAAGGCAAAUCCCACAUGGCGUAGUGGUUUAACGCCUGGAUGUGUGUUGGUCCGUGCCUACGGGCCGCAACACAAGUG